GGGCUGUAUCAUUAAUCCUACCGCACAGUGCUCUUUUCUUCCAACGUCUUACGUCUGGGACCUGUAAAUUGGUUCUAUACAAUAAAAAAGCAUCUGUUCCUCAUAUAUACUAUCUAUCAUGGCACCUGAUCUCUCCCAAAACAAAGCCGUGAAGCUUGUUGCACACGCCGCAGCAAACAAAUACGCCAUCUGCGCAACAUGCGUCUACAACGUUGAAGGAAUCCUCGCAUCUGUUCGCGCUGCAGAGGCCAAACGCGCUCCCCUUAUUAUUCAGCUCUUUCCAUGGGCGGUACAAUACGCCGAUGCCAUUCUUGUCCAUGCCGCCCGUGAAGCAGCAAACAACGCCAGCGUGCCCAUUGCGCUCCACAUGGACCACGCCCAAACACCCGAGAUUGUAAAGAAGGCCGCAGAUAUCAAGAACGGCUUCGACGGCAUCAUGGUCGACAUGAGCCACUAUGACGACAACCUGGAGAAGACAAAAGAACUAGUUGCCUACUGCAAUGAGCGCGGCAUCAUCACCGAAGCAGAGCCUGGCCGUAUCGACGGCGGCGAAGACGGCGUAGGCGACCUGAGCGAAAUGGGCCUCGAAGCCAUCCUCACCACGCCCGAGCAAGCAGAAGAAUUUGUCGCAACAGGCAUCAACUGGCUGGCCCCCGCCUUCGGCAACGUCCACGGUAAAUACGGCCCGAAAGGCCCACAACUCGACUACGAGCGCCUCAAGCGCGUCCACGCUCAAGUCGGCGACCGCGUCAGCCUUGUGCUGCACGGCGCAGGUAAAGAGUACUUUCAGGAGAAGUUGCUACGCGAGUGUAUUGACUGCGGUGUUGCAAAGAUGAAUAUUAAUGAUGGGUUUAAUGAUGAUUAUCUCGAGGUUAUGAGGGAACAUGCGGCGAGCACCCCGCUUACGGGCUUGAUUGAGAAGUCGACAAAUGCUAUGCAGAAGAGUAUUGAGCAGUAUAUUGUUUGGACGGGGGGUGAGGGUAUGGCGGAUAAGAUGUGAGAUUUUGGAGGAAAAAAACUGAAGAGUAGAGGGGCGUAUAUAGGAACGAAAUUAGAGUUUAAUUUGAUUAGCAUGUUGAAUGAAAUUCUUAUGGGCUUUUGAAUUACCACGCG